GGAAUCCAUGAUGUUAUUGUGUACACCAAAAAUUGAAGAAUUAUUCCUAAUUCAUAUCUUUUUUUACUUUAUAUACUUUAUGCUAAAGUCAACCAAAUCGUACUUUAUUCGAGAACUGUAUAUAUUAUUGAAUAUCUUUUCUAAUGCAUAUAUAAUUUCAGCAUUAUAUAACGAUAGUUUUAAAUGGAUUAUAAAUACUUUACAUUCGUUUUUUAACCUCGUUGAAAACACGCGACAGUUUACUGGAGAUAUUCCACCAUCGUAAUAAUAUGUCACAUCCAUUGAUUUCAUUUUAGUCAUUGUUUUUUUCAUCAAACGCUCUGAAACAGGAAAAUAAAAAAGAGAGAUAUACUGGUUGGGAAAAGCAUCACAGAUAAAGUUAUAUUAAAAUAAGUCUUUUUCAUACUUAAACAAUGCACUUACCAUUGUAUCUCAUAAGAAUCAAUCACAAACUUUUAACCCUGAGUUACCCAAAUCCACUUCUAUUUGUGAUGCGCUGUAGCCAGAUCUCCCAUAUUCUUACUUAAUAUGUUGAAUCUUGACCUCCUCAAGCAAAGGGCUUGCUUUGCCCGAGUUACAUAUCGGAAUUUGUUUCGUUUGAUCACAUUCCUGGUGCUGGUGUUCGCACUUCUAAUUUUCCUUUCCCAUUAUUAUCUAUCUAAAAUCAGUGGUGAUAAUGCCAGCAGUGAAGGUGAUCAGUCACAUUCCAAACCGAACCAUUUGGGCGAAGACAAUGAAAAGCUGGAAAAGAUUGACCUUUGCUUGCAUGUCAGUGAGCUGAAGCAAAUUCGUGCGUCUGUCAACAACGAACUGCGAUUAUUAGAAAGCAAGCGCCAGCACCUGCAAGCAGAACUCUCAGGUUACAAUACGAACAUUCAAAGACUGAAGAAUGAGCAUGAAAAACUGAGAAGAGAUUUAGAACGUCUAAAAAUCACAAUCGCCCAAGUAAAAAUGGAGAAAGAAGAAAUAACCAAGCAAAAUGUCCCUCUGUUGCUUGCCCCGAAAAUCAUCCGCCCUAAUGCUUCAGAUAGUCUCUACAUACCUUUACCAAGAUAUCCCAGCAUUUGCCAGAUGCAUAAUUGUUUUGACUAUUCUCGCUGUUCCCUUAUUUCGAAAUUUCCUGUGUAUAUUUACAACCCUCAAAAAUUUUUAAUCGGAAAACACAUGAACCCUGACCUUUUGUUAAAUCUUCAGCAGUCCAGUUUUUUAAAGGAUUAUCUUACAGUCGAUCCGAACAUUGCUUGUGUUUCUAUAGUUUUCAUUGGUGAGCUCCGAGGUGUGCGUGCAAGAUCCUUGCAAUUGCUGUUGCUAAAAUUGCCAUACUGGCGUGGCGAUGGCCGCAACCACAUCUUAAUAUCCUUUAGUAAGCGCUUGUCGGACCUCGAAUUAAUUAACAAUGUAAAUACCGGUCGUGCCAUCUUAGUCAACACAUUUUUCACAUCGUCUUCAUUCCGUCGUGAUUUCAACAUUAUCAUCCCUCCAGUGAUUCGGUCAUGGCUGAGUACAUCCAGCUGGAAAGACAUGACACACAUGUCUCCAAUACAGAGGAAGUAUUUACUCAGCUAUGCUGGAGAACAUCCGGACUCCAAACCACUGCCAGCAAGUCACUUAAAGACCAUUGUAGAUAUUGAGCCAAACCCUGACGGUCAGCAAAACGCCGACACUGAAAAUCUCAGCAACAACAUCAACAGCAACAUUAACAACAGCAAUAAUAAUGGUGUAAAAAAUAAUGUAAAUAAUAACAGCCAUGCAAACAGUGAUUUCAAUGAACAAAGUUACCGGGUUCGACAACUGAAGAGUCUGAUAUCUGAGCAAGUACUAAAUAAGAACCUAGACACCAUUAUUCUGGAUACUCUGAAAGGGAUUCAGUCCUUAAAGACAGACCCCUUUUCGUUUGUGUUUUCCUGUCGCACAUCCCCCGAGCGAAUCGCAAUAGCUGGCGAGUGGUCACUGUGCGAGAGUGACCUGUACCGCCGUGAAGUUAUCAUGCAGUCUACUUUCACUUUAAUCAUUGCACCCAAAAAUACUUCCUUCAUAUCAACUCCUUUGAUACAUAUCAGGCUAUUGGAAGCCUUGAAGUAUGGCUCGAUUCCUGUGGUUUUAGGCAAUUAUGUACAGUUACCAUUUAGUGAGCUAAUAGACUGGCAAAAAGCCAUCAUAAUAUUGCCAAAGCCUCGAAUAACAGAGCUGCACUUUCUCCUACGUACAUAUACAGACACUAUUAUUGCAGAAAUGCGUCGUCAGGGCCGAUUUCUGUGGGAGACAUAUUUUUGCUCAUUUGACAGAGUCAUGGCCAUGGUUCUGGCUACAGUUCGGACAAGAUUACAAAUUCCAGCAGCCACAGCAAAAGAGGCUGCUUCUCCAAGUUUUUUCAACAUGACUGUAGUUCCUAUGAAAUUAGAGAUGGAGGACAUUGAUCCAGAGACUGAUGAUGUAUUAGGACCAGUCGAACCCCCUUUCCCCUCUCAAACCUUCAACCAUAACUUUUCACAAAUACGAAACUAUGAGAAAUUCAAUUCCUACGGGGAUCCAUUCCACUCAUUUGCUUCAACUCCAUUUGAACCUGUCCUUCCAUCUGAAGCCAAAUUCUUUGGUUCAGGUUACGGAUUUCGACCAAUUAACAAGGGAGCUGGAGGAGCCGGUAAAGAAUUUAGUGAAGGGCUCGGUGGAAAUGUUCCUCGGGAGCAAUUUACAGUGGUGAUGUUAACCUAUGAACGUGAAACUGUGCUAAUCAGUGCUUUACAGCGUCUGAAAGGAGUACCUCAUCUAAAUAGAGUAGUAGUUGUUUGGAACAGCCCUAAACCACCACCUGCUGAUCUUCGGUGGCCAGAUAUUAAUGUCCCUAUCAGUGUGAUUAAAACAGAGCGCAACACUUUAAACAACCGUUUCCUACCAUUUGAUGUAAUCGAAACUGAAGCUAUACUUAGCAUUGAUGACGAUGUCCAUCUUCGCCAUGAUGAAAUCAUUUUUGGCUUCAGAGUGUGGCGUGAGGCCCGUGAUCGUGUUGUUGGAUUCCCAGGGCGCUUUCAUGGAUGGCAAGCUGAAGAGAAGGCUUGGCACUACAAUGCCAACCAUUCUUGUGAACUGUCUAUGGUACUUACUGGAGCAGCCUUCUUCCAUAAAUAUUAUGCCUACAUGUAUUCCUACGUCAUGCCACAAGCUAUUCGAGAUAAAGUCGAUGAUUACAUUAACUGCGAAGACAUUGCUAUGAAUUUUUUGGUUGCACACCUCACACGAAAGCCUCCUCUGAAGGUGACAUCUCGCUGGACAUUUCGCUGCCCAGGUUGCUCUCAGGCUCUUGCAAAAGACGAAACUCAUUUUGAUGAGCGACACAAAUGCAUAAAUUUCUUUGCUAAAAUCUAUGGCUACAUGCCAUUACUGUACACACAGUUUCGCAUCGAUUCGGUUUUAUUCAAAACCAAAAUUCCACGUGACAAGCAGAAGUGUUUUAGGUUAAUUUGAAACAAUCGCUGCAUCAGAUCAAGAGAAAAAAAAAAAAAAAAAAAAAAAAAAAAAAAAAAAAAAGAUCCCUGAUAAAUGCUCAACUAUUUCAUUUUUACCCUCACCGCUUACAGCUAAACGUAACUCGAUGCAACGAUGCGUGCUAUCAGUUCAUCAUUGUACAUAUAAAACUUCGUCAAAACAUAAUUUAUCACUGGUUUACAAGGUUUGAAAAUAAUGACUUGGAAUAAUUGUAGGCAACUGGGGGAAAAAAGAAAAGGCCUCAAUCAUUCUGGCAAAAUACUAAAUUCUUCACUGAUAGCCAUCUCAUGAUAUUCAACCCACCUGUACAAAUUGUAUAAUUUUUUUAUUUUGUUGUUUUCUUUGUAAAGAAAAAUAACAAAAACCGAAACAAAACACACCUAGCAAUAAUUAAAACCUUCAAAUCAAAAUCUGAGCCUAUAAACAAAACAAAACAGAAAAAUGACAAUGUAGAGCCAUCUGUGAUAUCUUGUGUAGAGAUUUCUUUUGAAGAGUUCUACACACACCUGCAAACACAUACACACACAAAAUUCCACUCACAUAUACACAUUGUUAAUGAAAACGGUUUCAAAUUCUUAAAAAGUUUAUAUGUGCGUGUGUGUGUAUGUAUGUAUAUUAAAGUACAGAAGAAACAUA